AUGACCAAUUCCAAGAACAUUCCGCUCUCCCUCGUCAGAGGAAACAUCAAUAUGCUGCAAAGAAUCACAAUUGGCAUCCAAUCAAUACAGCUUUUAAGGGAGGAUCUAUACCUCCUCUAUUCUUUCCAAGUUCUACAGGUUCUAUGGAUCGAUGGAAACCUGCUCCGAACCAUUGGAUUUUAUCGACCUUUGGUAUACGGACCAGACGUAGCCCUGCAAAGAUGUACCGACCAGUCAUUGGGCUUGCUCCUCUCAGCAUUUGGUGGGAAGGAAGCCUUUCGCAAAUUCAUGGUUCAGUUUCCAAGUCUUUCAGUUGAGUACAACUUUGGCAUUGCACUCGAUGUCAUCCCACCCGCUACUGGUAAAGUAGUCAAGGGAGUGCCGCAGUGGCAUACAGCUAACAUGCGUGAGGAAGUGUAUCAGAGGUACCCGAUAUUAGAGCUUGAGGACAGCAAGGACUAG